AUGCCGAUUAGCAAAAAGAAAAUGUCGCAGGCGUCGCAAAUAUCGCGAAGCCUGAGCAAACAGGAUGAAUUGUUGAACGUUCAAACGCAAUAUUUUUUAAAAUUGAACGAAAUCAAAUUGACCAGGAAGGAGAGAAUCAAGAAGGUGAUUUACGAUCCGGAAACUAAGCAGUUUUUCGGAAGGACUGGUACCAGUUGGGCAAAAAUCGGUCUUUUCUACUUUAUCUUCUAUGGAAUGCUGGCAGCUUUGGUGGCGGUAUGCAUGUGGGUGUUCUUCCAAACGCUGGAUCCUAGAAUACCGAAAUGGCAGCUAGACAGAUCUCUUAUAGGCACGAAUCCGGGUUUGGGCUUCCGUCCAAUGCCAGAGAACAACGAAGAGAGCACGCUCAUCUGGUUCCAAGGGUCCAACAAGACGAGCUACACCUAUUGGGUCGACAACAUUUUAUCAUUUUUGGACAAAUACUACGUUCCUAGCAAAAUAGCCAAGGGUAACGGUCAAAUCAAAACUUGCUCUCACCACGAUUACCCUAAUAUCGGCGAGGUGUGCGAAGUGGAAGUCAGACAUUGGGAGGACUGCAACAGAGACCAAUUCUUCAACUACCACAAGAAUUCGCCCUGUAUAUUCUUGAAAUUGAACAAAAUCUACGGUUGGACGCCGGAGUACUACGACGAUCCGUUCGACUUACCUCAAGAAAUGCCCGAAAGCCUAAAAGAACGUAUCAGGAAAAUCAAUAAUACGAGAGAGAGGCAAAAUGUUUGGUUGUCGUGCGAAGGUGAAAAUCCCGCUGAUGUGGAAUAUUUGGGACCUGUGACUUAUUAUCCCAAAGAUGUGCAGGGUUUUCCGGGUUACUAUUUCCCGUAUUUGAAUUCUGAAGGCUACCUCAGUCCUUUGAUGGCUGUCAAAUUCGAGAGACCUGUUUCUGGAAUUGUUAUAAACGUCGAAUGCAGAGCUUGGGCCAGAAAUAUAAUCUACAAUCGUGUAGAAAGGAUGGGAUCCGUCCAUUUUGAAUUGCUAAUUGACUAA